CCUCCUGAGUCCUCCUGAACCACAGCGGAGGGUCUGCGGGAGAACAAGUGCACCAGCAGCCGGGUGGAGGAGAGAGAGACCGAGAACCAGCGGGACAGGCAGCGAGCUACGGAGGCUUGUUCAUGUUCGGGAUCCAGGAGAGCAUCCAGCGGAGCGGCAGCAGCCUGAAGGAGGAGCCGCUGGGAGGCAUGAACUCUGUCCGGAGCUGGAUGCAGGGGGGCGGCGUGCUGGACGCCAACACGGCCGCCCAAAGUGGGGUGGGUCUGGCCCGGGCUCACUUUGAGAAGCAGCCGCCCUCAAACCUGCGCAAGUCCAACUUCUUCCACUUCGUCCUGGCUCUGUACGACCGGCAGGGUCAGCCGGUGGAGAUCGAGAGGACCAACUUCUUGGGCUUCAUCGAGAAAGAGAAGGAGACGACCGGGGAGAAGACCAAUAACGGGAUUCAUUACCGGCUGCAGCUUCUUUACAGUAACGGCAUCAGAACAGAGCAGGACUUUUAUGUUCGACUCAUAGACUCCAUGACCAAACAGGCGAUUAUUUAUGAAGGCCAAGACAAGAACCCAGAGAUGUGCAGAGUGCUGCUGACACAUGAGAUCAUGUGCAGCCGGUGCUGUGACAAGAAGAGCUGCGGAAACCGUAAUGAGACACCCUCAGACCCUGUUAUCAUCGACAGAUUCUUCCUCAAGUUUUUCCUCAAGUGCAACCAGAACUGUCUAAAAAACGCAGGAAACCCAAGAGACAUGAGGAGGUUCCAGGUGGUGGUUUCGACUACGGUGAGUGUGGAGGGACAUGUCCUCUCAGUCUCCGACAACAUGUUCGUCCACAACAACUCCAAACAUGGCCGACGGGCCCGUAGACUCGACCCCGUGGAAGGAACGCAGUCUUACCUAGAACACGGAGCAGCUCCAUGCAUUAAAGCCAUCAGUCCCAGCGAAGGGUGGACUACGGGAGGCGCUACAGUCAUCAUCAUAGGAGACAACUUCUUCGAUGGUCUCCAAGUCAUCUUCGGUACCAUGCUGGUUUGGAGCGAGUUGAUCACGCCGCAUGCCAUCCGGGUGCAGACGCCUCCCAGACACAUCCCCGGGGUCGUUGAGGUCACUCUGUCUUACAAGUCCAAACAGUUCUGCAAAGGCACACCUGGAAGGUUCAUAUACACAGCAUUGAAUGAGCCAACCAUUGACUAUGGUUUCCAGAGGCUUCAGAAGGUCAUCCCUCGACACCCUGGGGAUCCGGAGAGGCUGCCAAAGGAGGUUAUUUUAAAGAGAGCAGCAGACUUGGUAGAAGCCCUCUAUGGUUUGCCCCAUAAUAACCAGGAGAUCAUCAUGAAACGCGCGGCGGACAUUGCAGAAGCUCUCUACAGCGUUCCACGAGGUCACACCCAGCUCUCCGGCUCCACCCACAGUGGCAUGAUGGGGGUCAACUCCUUCACUGGACAGCUGUCCGUCAAUGUCACUGAACCCCUACAGACCAAUCAGGGUUUCGUGCGCAGCAGCAGUAGUGUGUCUCCUCAUGGUUACGUGCCCAGCUCUACGCCGCAGCAGACCAGUUACACUUCUGUCACCAGCACCAUGAACGGCUACACUAACAACACCGGCAUGACCAACCUGGGAGGCUCGCCUACUUUCCUCAACGGCUCUGCAGCCAACUCGCCUUAUGCUAUUGUCCCGUCCAGCCCCACUAUGGCCUCCUCCACCUCUCUCCCCUCCAACUGCUCCUCCUCUUCUGGCGUCUUCUCCUUCUCUCCGGCCAACAUGGUGUCGGCGGCCGUUAAGCAGAAGUCCGCCUUCGCUCCAGUGGUCAGGCCCUCCUCCUCCCCUCCGCCAUCCUGUAACAGCUCCAACGGCAACGGGCUCCAAGAUCAAACAUUUGUGGACUCUAGCAAGUACUCAACAACCAACUCUCUACAAGGCCUGGCCUUCACCUGAACAAUCCCUGGAAUGAUCAUUCCACCCAUGUAAAAGUGUGAGUGACUGUGUGUGUGUGUGUGUGUGUGCACGUGUGUGUGUGUGUGUGUGUGACUGUGCGAGAUGAACCAAGCACACUCACGCCGAUCCCAGCGGAGGAUUUGGAUGUGAGUCAGACUCACAGGAUGGAAGAAACCGUCCUGAUCUGAAGGAACAAACCCAACUCAGGCCCUUUCUAACACAAAAACAACAGCAAGAAAAAACAGACAAAGAACAAAAAAAACAAAGACUGUUUGCGAAGAAAUAAGUUGUUUAGACUUUGUACACCUUGAUGCUUUAUAGGAGAACGGCCACGCCUACAUUAUGACUCUCCACGGACACAGGAAGUGUAUUUAUUUUGGAGAGAAUCCAUUUCUUCCCUUGAGUGACUUGUUUUUCUUUUCGUGCAACAGUCAACGUGUGAUAAUCAUCUUCCAGCUGUAUCUCACAUGAGGGAUUUUCUAUUUAUGAAGUUUGGUCAUUAAUGAAGGAAUAUAAUGUGAAGAAUGCCUGAUGAUGAAAGUGAAGACGAUGAUGAUGAUGAUGAGGCUGCAGGAUUCAUACGGGGUCAAAUCCAGCCGACACAGACAAGCCAAAUCAGACACACACUUUCACUUCUUAUUGCCAAAUCCACACCACCGUCAGCACAAACCCUCAGACAGCGAGGUCUUCCUCUGCAUUUAAUCGAUCAGCUGAAGGAUUGAGAUGCUUCCCGCCUGCUGCAGUUUUUAGCCAUUUAAGAAAUCCCCAUGUUUGCUUUGAGCUCGCGUCACAUAAAUCUGCACUGCUACUUCUUUCAGCCAACAGAAAGUGCAGAGAGAAACAAAAUGCAGUCAUUUCACAAACCAGGAAUAAAUGUAUUGACACCAUGCAAGAUUCAAGAGAGAAAGUAGACUUGCUGCAGAUCUGAUGAGCUAACUAUAAAGAGGCCAUAAAUAAGUGCAUGAGUUUGUGAUCACUGGGUGCCAACAGCAGCUUCACUGUUUAGGAACGGACUUAAAUCUUCCGCAGAGUCCUCUGUCGGCCCCUGUACCACAUGAUCUGUUAUAAAGUCGGACGCCGCCACAGUAACACGUCUUAAGGACUGCUGCCAUUUUGACUUUGAUUUUGUUGUGAGGUUUUGCCUUCUCUAAUGAUUGUCUUAAUACAUAAAUCCUUGUUUCUGUUUUGUUUUUCUUUUGGUUUGCUGUAUUUAUUAUUUUCUUCCUGUGAUUAGCCGGCCAAUCAGUUUGCGUUUCUUUUGUUAACCUGGACACUUAUCUGUUGUGACCGAGAGUUUUUAGUGAGAAAAUGUCCAGUAGUGUGUCUUAAGUGCUGCGCUGCAAAGAAUGUCAUUAAUUCUUCAACUGAGUCUUAAAAUCAAUGUGAUUUCAGGGAAGUGCGUGAAAUGACCACAACCUCUUAACAGAGCUUUACUUGGUGCUGUCAUGUAAUGUUUUAAAAUGACAGGCUUCCACCACAGGGAACAAUUUAGGUUUAGGCAACAAAACUACUUAGUUAGGUUUAGGAACGAAAACACUAUGGCUUGGUGUAAGAUUAAUGACAUAGUCUAUCUAAUUGUAAAAAGCCAUUGUUGUCUUUUGGGUUCACAGGGGACACAUACACCAGUUACCUGGGUGAAAGUCUCUUGUUUGACCCAUCCAUCAAUCCACCGGGAUCACCUGCCUACCUUUGAUUAAAACAUAUUCACUUUCCAUUGGCAUAGUUUCCGUGGUGCCGGCACAUCAUUUUAACACAUUACCACCUCAACGUAAUAUGCUGUUAAGACGUCACGGUCAUUUCACGUAGUGUUGUGCGAUCAAGCUGCUUAAAAUCCAAAUUUAUUUCAAUCAUCUUCCCCUGAGGUUCACUUGUUUUUCAAAUCUGGCCCUGAUUCAGUUCAUUUUUUACAGUGCAACUGUAAUUCAUUUUGCACUUCUCCUGAUGUAAAGAUGAGGUAUGAAUUUACAUACCUCAUGUAUUGUUUAAAAAAAGGCUUUUUUUGCAGCGCAGGACAAUUAGCCAGCGACAUGUCUUAGACGCGCUGAUGAUUUGUUGUGAAAGUCACUGCAGUGUGUGUGGUUAAACAGUCUUAAGUAAUUUAUGAGAAUGUUAAUUUUGCCAAAGCCCUUAUUUCAGACAUUACUGCCUAAACAGUCUUAUGCCACAGCUUCAAUGCUAUUUGUUUUUAAUUUUGUUUCACUAAAGAAACUGUGUAAGAAUGCCAUAGGAUUUACAACUGUCUGCGUCGUUUUCAGACCUGCAGCAGGCAGCGAUCACACAUUUAUUUUUCUUGUUUAUUUGUCAUCAUGUCCAUGGCUUUUGCCACAAAUAGAAACAAUUUGAAAGUGAAUUUUGAUUCUUAACUGGAUAGAAAAGCUAACUGGCAUCACAUGCUGAUAAAGUAAACCCCUCUCAUUUGAUGAAUAUGAAUCAUGUGUAGCUCCUGCCUGAGGGGAUCCAGCCUGAAUGUUAUUGAUUGAAUAAAAAAAAGGAAAAAAAUCCUAAACAUCCUUCAAUUUUUAAAUGGAAUAAAAACUGUUGUGAUUUUAGAAAACUCAAUUCCUAGAAGAUGUUUCCCUUGAUCGGUCUCUCUCAUGUCUAACCAUUUGAACCUUAUUCAUCUUUUUUGUUUUGUAUUAUAGUGUCUGUUAAUUAAAAAGCCAUACUUCUACUGCUAAUUUCAAUCUAACUAAAAUAAGCCAUGGUGUUUUUUUGUUUUUUUAUCAUUUGUAAGUCAGAAAAGCAAACAUUUUCAUUUUGUCACAAUGUUGUUCGUAUCAUUAUUGUUAAAGUUUGCAUAAUCUAGGUGUAGAGUUCAUGAAUAUGUCUUUAUGAUUGUCUGUGUGUGUCUUCCAUGUGAUGGAUUUGAAGAUGGAACAGAGCUGCUUAAUGAACGCUUUUCUAUCCUCCCUUUGUCAUUUCCCUCCUCCACCUUGUUUUCAUUGUGCUUUUAAUACUCUGUAUGUUUGCCCUCUUUAUUUCCUUUCCCUCACAAAAUGAGCCACCUAUUUAUUUUAUCUCAAAUAUGGGUCUGGAGACCACUUUUCUGUUUGUGUCUACAUGUAAGAGUGUCUGCAACCGUGUGUCUGAGUGUGUCAUGAUUUUUCUCAAAUAGAAAAAUUUGAUGUUUUAAAGCUAAAGGAUGAUUUUUGUUAUAGUACAUAUAUAAAUACCUGUACAGGAAGAAGUACAUGGAGGGUUUGGUUAAAAGAGGUUUGAUCCGAAGCACUUGUCCAGCAUCAGUAACAACAGUUAUCAUGGCUUGUCUGCGUCCAGGCUCACAGUGGUGGUCAUCAUUCACACACACACGUUUAUCAGUAGUAUCAGUGUGGAGGGGAAGAGUACAGAGGAAACUACUGUAAAGAUGAUAAUGUUGAUUCUUUUUUUAUUUUAAACUUUGAAGUGUAAAAUAACUUUUUGAUUC